GUGAUAGUCAACUAACGCUCAGCUCGGCAGUCAGGCGCGCUGAAAACAAAAACUUUUAUGAAUUUUUGUUUUCUGAACAGCACUAUGGAUGAUGAGCACAUGAGAGAGUCCCUGGGUGAAGAACUGAGGAUGUGCACCCCUUCUCACCCCCUGCCUGUGGAAAUCCAGCAGAUGGAGCAGGAGGAGACGACCUGUCAUUACUGCGGUGUGAGCUACCUGAUCCUGCACGAGUUCCAGCGGCUGCAGGAGCACCUCAAGGAGGUGGAGAGAGAGCUGGAGAGAGCGCGAAGGAGUGUGGAGGAAGAGAGAGAGAAUAGAGAGCAGCUGCAGUGCUCACAGGGUCAGGUGGAGGAGCUCAGAGCAGCCAAUCAGCUUUACCAGGACAGAGUGAAGGCUCUGAUGCUGCAGGUGUCUCAGGCAGACAUCAGUCUGGUGGACUUGAAGGCAGACAGCGAGAGGACGCGAGCGGAGCUGGACAGCGAGCUCGAACGCAGCCUGCAACUCAGGUCAGUGUGUGAGAGACAGCGUGUUCUCCUGCGUGAUGCUGGGCCUGUGCUGCGAUGUGCUGCUGCAGAGCUGCAUGGUGUGAAAAAGGAGCUCUCUCUGCUCUCACGGGACUGGAACACCAAGACAGAACUGAUACUGCAGCACUGCUCGACUGCACAGACCGAGCGUGUGGUCCUGCAGCAGGAAGUGAGGCGAGCUGAGCAGGAAGCAGCAGAGCGACGGCGGGAGGUCCGGGAGACUCUGGAGCGUCUGCGCACCAGUCAGCUGGAGACACAGACGCUGAGGAACCGCAUCCAGAACCAGCAGGAAGCAUUGAAACAGGAAGUGGAGAGCCUGCAGGAAGAGCUCCAGAAAAGUCACCAUGAGGUGGAGACACUGCUGGAAAGCAAAAGAAAAGAGGAAGAGGGAAGACGCUCACGGCUCCAGCAGCAAUGUGACGAGCAGAGUGCCACCAUACUGAGUCUGUCCCGAGACCUGAGGGAAAAGGAGGCGAGCUGGUUGUCAUGCCAACAGCAAUGCGAGUCCCUGCAGCAGCAGUUGUUGACGUGGAAACGGAAGGAGGCGGAGAUGAGGCGGGAACUGGAAGGAGCGCUGAGGGAGGGUCAGAAGACAAGAGACGAGAGGGAGGCGCUGAAACUCGCUCAGAGAGAAGAGAUGCAGAAAAUGGAGGACAUGUUCUGGAAAAGACUGCAGCGCGAGGAGGAGCAGAGGUCAAAGUGGAAGAGAGACGCUGCUCUAGAGCUCGACAUCGAGAGACAAAAAAAUAAACAGCUGAUUCACAAAUACCAAACUGAGUAUCAGCAGCUACAGGACAAGGUGCCCACUCUGGUGCAGUCUGCCCUCCAGGACCUGAAGGAGGAGGUAUCAGGUCUGGAGGUGCAGCUGCGAGAGGGUGAGGAGGAGCUGAUGCGCGUGCGAGAGCGAGAGGAGCGACUCCUGCGAGAGGUAGAACAGCUCCAGCACAAACUACAGGAGCAUCAACAGGAAGCUCAGGAGCUACAGCGAGAACAUCGAGACCUCCAGCAUCUCAGACAGGAGAACUCCGCCCUCCAUGAGGAGAACUGUCUGCUGCAGGAGACGGUGAGACGCGAGUGUGAGGAGCGAGCCGAGCUGACGGCCGCCCUGUCGCUGGCGAGAGAGCAGCUGCUGGGUGUCAGACACACAGCGGUGAACUCAUCCAUCCCCCACAGCUCUGCGUCAGCCUCCCUGCCCAGCCUGAGCGCAGGACGCAGCCGAGACGCCGUCACCGGGGGCAGGAGCACAGCGUCGUGGCAUGGGAACUCCCGCCAGGCGCUGCCCACUCUGCCCCGACUCACCACAGAGACACGCCAUCGCAUCAGCACGCUGACGCGCCGGAAGGACAAACGCUCGUGCUGAGGGAGAGGCUCUCACAGAUUUAACGGAAUGCUCCGGAGCACGAACCACCACAAGACCGGAUAUGACGUAUAAUUCAACAUGGCACAAGUCAAGCUGCAUCACGGCUCUGUUGAGAGAGUUGAAAGAGUCUCUUUCUGUUUCCGAACAUUUGUUUUGUUCAAGUAAAGGCUACUGUAUUUAUAACACGUUUGUUUAUAUCUUUGCUUGUUGUUUUGAGUUCGCCGCCGGUUGCUUUAUUGAGGCAGAAUGAAUGUGUCACAGUAUCACGACAUCAUCAGUUACGUCACCGUAAACGUUACCAGGGGAUGGAUUAACGUUUCGACUUUACCGUUUUGCUCCCGUUCUCGCAGGACACCAUUACAGCACAAUAACGGGAUAUAAACGGUUUUCAGUGCGAGUCGGAAUGGGGUAGUUUUUUAGCUCAUCCAGUUGUAGGUCAGGCCGAUCACGUGUCGUCCGUCGUCUGUCCAUGGUCCGUCCACAAUUCACAAAAUUGCUACUCCUCUUACAGGAUUAAUUGGAUUUUGAUCAAACUCACAUCCAGUGUUCCCCAGGUUGGUUGGUGUGCAUAAAAGUUGUCAAGAUGGUGGUGCCACCGGUCAUAUUUACGAUUUUAUGGGCGUCUGAAAUGUUUGGGUGACUCAUCACAUUAAACGCUACUCUUCGUAAACUGCUGGGACGUUUUCACUGAACUCAUCCAGAAGACUCUAAAGACAUAUUCCAACAAGAAUUGUUCACCAGGUGGUGCCACCUGCCAUGGAUGAGGCUACAGAGGGGUCAUGUACAAUUUCACGAAAAUCGCUACUCCUCCUACAAUCGUGAUCAGAUUUUGAUCAAACUUGUAUGGAAUGUUCCCCAGGUUGUUAUGUAUAAACUUUGUCAAGAUGGUGGCACCACCUGUCAUAUUUAUGAUUUUAUGGGCGUCUGAAAUUUUUGGGUGACUCUUCACACCAAACGCCACUCUUCAUAAACUGCUAGAACAUUUUCACUGAAACGCAUCCAGAAGACUCUAAAGACAUAUUCCAACAAGAAUUGUUUACCAGGUGGCGCCACCUGCCAUGGAUGCAGCUACACAGGGGUCACGUGCAAUUUCACAAAAAUCGCUACUCCUUCUACAAUCGUGAUCAGAUUUUGAUCAAACUUGUAUGGAAUGUUCCCCAGGUUGUUAUGUAUAAAAUUUGUCAAGAUGGUGGCACCACCUGUCAUAUUUAUGAUUUUAUGGGUGUCUGAAAUUUUUGGGUGAUUCUUCACACCAAACGCUACUCUUUGUAAACUGCUAGGAUGUUUUCACUGAAACUCAUCCAGAAGACUCUAAAGACGUAUACCAACAAGAACUGUAUGCAGCUACACAGGGGUCAUAUGCAAUUUCACGAAAAUCGCUACUCCUCCUACAGGAUUGAUCGGAUUUCAAACUCACACACAACAACAGCAGCCGGUAUGAGCUCCAGCCUCAUUGAGGCGAUUUUUUUUUUUUUCAGUUUGUAUCUUACAUUAGAUACUUCUAUUACUCUGAUUAAAAUAAUAGAUAAAGUCAGCUAGCUAUGGAUAGCUAUGGAUAAUGGUUGUUCAGUCGCAUGACUCGAUGCUCUGAAAUCAUUUCCUGACUAAACCUGUGAAAAUUGUACGACAACAGUUUUUGCAUAUUUUACAUAUUAAUUAUAAACACUUUGAGUCUUUGAGGUAGAUCUUUAAUCGCACUGGGCGGGGCAAGAGGCGGACCCACUAUCUGUCUGGCAGACUGCCAACAAUUUCCACAACAUGGCGACUCUCAUUUUGACCAAAAAAGGCUUAAAAUCUGCACAAUAGGAGUG